CGUGGCUCAAGAUGGCGUGCACCGCGUCCCAUCUGGGGGAUCUGAACUGGGGGGGUGAUCAAUCAGGUCGGGACCGCUGGCAGAGUCGCAGGCGGUUGUAUGCUUACCUAAUCCACUUUAACACAGUAGGUGCUGCUAACCCUAGAAUUUCUCUACGAUCUUUCCUACAAACCACAAAGCCACCGAACAUAAUCCCCUACGCCGAGUUAAGCAUCCCUCGUUCUAGUCUUUGGUAAGUUUUGCUGUCCCUCUGAGGAAUUUUUGACGCCAUUGCCCGAUCGACGAACCCGCGAUUGCACCGACGAAUUUUUGUGCGAAAAGUUGGCAUUUUCCCCUUCCCACAGACACCCAAAUCUGAGCUCGCCAAAUCAGCUCUGCGCGCGAUCCUAGCUCCCACCACCACCACCAACAGAAGCACCCCGCAGCUAACAAAUUUUUUUUCUUCCCCUCGGUUCAGCAGUCGACAAAAUGGCCAACCCCCGCGUUGAAGAGCUUCCCGAUGACGAGACCAAGAAGGUCUCCGUCGAGGAGCACGAGGACGAGAGCUCCGACUCCGAGAUUGAGGGCGAGGAUGCCGAGGGCCUUCCCUCAGGCUCCACCGCCGUCAUCCACUCCCGCAACGAGAAGAAGGCCCGCAAGGCUCUCGAGAAGCUGCACCUGACUAGAGUGCAGGGCAUCACCCGCGUCACUCUCCGCCGCCCCAAGAACAUCCUCUUCGUCAUCAACAGCCCCGAGGUCUACAAGUCCCCCAACAGCAACACCUACAUCGUCUUCGGUGAGGCCAAGAUUGAGGACCUCAACGCUACUGCCCAGCAGGCCGCCGCCCAGCAGCUCGCCGCUGCUGGUGGUGAGCACGACCACGCCGGCCACGACCACUCCAGCCACGGCAAGGCCGUCGAGGCUGACGCCGAGGCCAAGAAGGACGAGGAGGAGGAUGAUGGUGAGGAGGUUGAUGCCGAGGGCAUCGAGGACAAGGAUAUUGAGCUCGUCAUGACCCAGGCCAACGUCAGCCGGAAGAAGGCUAUCAAGGCCCUGAAGGAGAACGACAACGAUAUCGUCAACUCUAUUAUGGCAUUGAGUAUUUAGCGACGGCCCCGGCCAAAGGUAGUUUCUCAAAAUCUCGACACGACAAAAAGGACGGAACUGGUUGGCAUGUACAAUUCCCAGGGAGUUGACUCCGAAAAGUCUCUUUCGCAAUGAGAGGUCAUGAUAAUCGGCGCUUUCUUGCAUUCUGGACACUGCGCUUACGACAUUUGUGACGUGUGAUUGGCGGUUGCCAAAUCGUGGGUUGAUUUUUUGCUCGAAAUACCUCCGGAGUCUGUCCAGCCUCAUCUGGUUGAAUUUACAGCUACCCCUCGAUCUGGCGGGAAUUGGCUUAGACCGAAUUCGCAAAAGCCGGGAGAGCUCAGCCCCACCAUUGAACCGUUCGUUCCCGUGCAGCCAACCACACCCGACCCCAGGAUGCUCGGACGGAGUAGGAUCACGUGAUUAUCCGCGUGACAAAGUCCAUCCCGGCUCU